AUGCCGUUUUUUAGAAAAAAGAAAUCAAAGGAAGGCUUGAAUGAAGAUAGUAUUGUAUAUAGUAUGACACCUCGACACGGUCACGGACAAGAUGUAGUGGAUGAAAAUGGCAUUCGGCAGGUGGCAGGCUGCUUACCUAUAGAUCCAAUUAAUAAACGAUUUCUUCUGGUGACAUCAGCGAGCAAUCCAGGAUCUUGGGUCAUUCCUAAAGGAGGCUGGGAAAAGGAUGAAACUCAAAAACAAGCUGCGAUGAGAGAAACAUGGGAGGAAGCGGGUGUAAAAGGAACUAUAACAAGACAUGUUGGUGUGUUUGCAGAAAAAUCGAGGCAUGGUGUGAAAGCACAUCAUUGGAUCUAUGAGAUGGAAAUAAAGGAAGUGACUAAAAAGUUCCCCGAACAAAAGAAACGCGAAAGGAGAUGGGUAAGGGUGUCUGUAUGUGUAUAUGACCAAUGCUAA